AUGCCACAGGUUGGAAAAGAUGGUAAACCUCCAACCUUGAAGUUUGAGAAACAUGUGCAACAGUAUAGAGUACCUGUUGUAGCAUACACUGAUUUUGAGUGCAUCCUGGAGAAACCUGAUGAAGACAAUGAACAAUGGAUUGGUGAAGCUACCAAAGUUAUCCAGUAUCAUCGGGCAAUGAGUUACUGCUUAUACUUUGUGUGGGACCCAUAUUUGGAAAAUUCCUGGCUGACAAUCACUAACCUAAUCCCUCAUGAGCCGAUUGUCUACAGGGGCCCUGAUGCCGCCAAACAUUUCAUGAAGACCCUCACCAUGUAUGCAAAAGAUUUAGAUGAGGCAAUUGACUGCAGGAAUAUCAAGUUGCUCCCACUAACCAAAAGAGAGAAAGAACGACACAAUGGAGCUGAUUUCUGUGAGGCCUGCAAUGAACGGUUCAAUAAAGAUAAGGUGUAUGACCAUUGUCAUAUAACUGGUAUCUAUUGGAAUGCAUUAUGCCAUAAAUGCAACCUGCAGCGAGAGCGACAAUCAUUCAUACCAGUGUUUCUCCACAACUCUUCAAACUAUGAUACACACCUCAUUAUUCCAGAGCUGGGUAGAGAUAAGGAUCAGCUGUUUGUCAUCCCAAACUCAUCGGAAAAGUAUAUAUCAUUCACCAAACGAAUAUCUCCAAAAAUGCACCUACGAUUCAUCGAUACAUUCUGGUUUACGCCUGAUAGUUUAGACAAUCUGGUCACCAACCUAGUCAAAUCAGCAUCGAAUCCAGAAGACUUGUCCAAAGUGCUGCCACAUACUGCCAAGGUGUUUGGAAACAAAUUGAGCCUUGUCUCAAGGAAAGGGGUGUUUCCAUACGACUACUGCGAUUCAUGGCAGAGACUCAAAGAAACAUUGCUACCACCCAAACAGGCAUUUUUCAGCAAGCUGGUUGAUAGGAGUGUUAGCAGUGAUGAUUAUGAACAUGCUCAAACUGUGUGGAACCAAUUCAGUUGUAGAACUCUGGGAGAAUACAGUGACCUAUACUUGAAAACAGAUGUUCUCCUGUUGGCUGAUGUCUUUGAGAGCUUCCGCGAUGUAUGCAUGAAGACUUAUGAUUUGGAUUGUGCUCACUACUUUACAUCUCCAGGCUUUUCCUUUGAUGUCAUGCUGAAAUAUACUAAAGUGAAGCUUGAGCUCCUUACUGACUAUGACAUGUACAUGUUUAUCGAGCGAGGUAUCAGAGGAGGAAUAACAAAUUGUAUACACCAUCAUGCUGUAGCCAACAAUGCCUACACAGGAGCGCCUAUUGACCCUGAGAAGCCUACAUCAUAUCUCCUGUACACAGAUGCGAACAACCUGUACGGCUGGGCAAUGUGCCAACCACUUCCAUGCCGGAAAUUCCAGUGGAUGGAGAAAGAUGAGUUGGAGGGCGUGAGCAGAGGUAUUGAGGGUGUUGGAGAUGUUCAAAAGAUUGGCUACAUCUUGGAGGUGGACAUUGAGUACCCUUCUGAAUUGCAUGAUGAGCAUAACGACUUCCCAUUCCUGGCAGAGAACAAAAAAACUCUUAAAUCUAAUCAUGUACAACUCAUGACAGCUCUAAGCAGCCGUGAACGAUAUGUAUGUCAUUACCGCACCCUAAAACAGGCAGUACAACAUGGAUUGAAAAUCACUAAAGUUCAUUGA